AUGGCUCUACAUCAGAACUCAAGAGAAGUACUGCAGUGGAUUUCCAAAACAAUACGGACCGAGACUGAGGCUUGUAAUGAUGACACACGUCCAGUCAUUCAGUGCUACUGCCAGCAGGCAUUGCUGGCAGCCUUGGCUGCGUCACUAGCACCCUGCCUGGACAAGAUCUCCAUAGAAAAUAAGGUGUUCUUUGACGUGAAGAUUGGAGACAGAGAUGUUGGCAGAAUUACAAUUGGGUUGUUUGGAAAGGUUGUCCCAAAGACGGUGGAGAACUUCAUCGUGCUGGCAACUGGAGAAAGAGGAUAUGGAUACAAAGGAAGUAAAUUUCAUCGUGUGAUCAAAGACUUCAUGAUUCAAGGAGGGGACUUUACAGCUGGAGAUGGAUCAGGAGGAAGAAGCAUUUAUGGAGAAAAGUUUCCAGAUGAGAACUUCAAGCUGAAACAUUAUGGAAUUGGAUGGGUUAGCAUGGCUAAUUCUGGCCCAGACAGCAACGGAUCCCAGUUUAUCAGUGUGACAAAGCCUUCCUGGUUAGAUGGAAAACAUGUAGUAUUUGGCAAAGUCCUUGAUGGAAUGUCUGUGGUCCACUUGAUAGAACUUCAGCAGACCGAUGAACAUGACCGCCCUCUUCAUGACUGCGUGAUUGUGAACAGUGGCAAAAUAGCUGUAAAGGAACCAUUCGUAGUGGAAGUAGAUGACUGGUGAGACCAGUACUCAGAGUGGAAAGUACAACAUGAUCCUUUGAGGUCUAAGUUAUUUGACUGAUCUCAAUUAUCUAUUGAGUUUUCUCCUUAAAACACACUAAGCUAUAAGCAGGGUGAUGCUCCUAAGUUGCUAGCUGCAUAAAGAUAGGGCUGUGCGUAACAGCUGGAUGGGGCUGUCAGGCCUUAGGACAAAGCCUGCACAUUCCUAGAGCUUACUGAAAGUCUCUCAUGAAAGACUGUAGAAGUGCUUCCUUUUUUCAAGGCUUGAAAUAGUCAUUUUGUAUUCUUUGGAAAUUUUCACAAUAUUUGUUACUGCAUUUUCAACUGAAAAUGUUGUUUUUUGUAGAAGUAUCAGCUUUUUUAAAAUACGUGUGUCUGGGGAAAAGAAGUACAGAAAUGUUUUGAAUAAAUAAACUUUCAUUUCAAAUAAACAA